AUGUCGGACAUGGCCACGUGCGCCACUAGGGCUAUUUCGGGCAUCCUGGAGGUCUGGCUUGGGUUCUCCCUGGAGGUACAACCCGAUCUGUGGCCCAAUGGAGGGGCCAGGAGGUAGAAGAAGCCCCUAAGCAGCACUGAUCUGGGACCAGGGAGUUAUGUGUUCCUGCAAUGGUUUUUAGAAAUGCAUCAUCCUUCCCCCUUCAGAAUUUACUUGAGUGUUUGUGCUAGGUUUUACAAAUAAGCUACUAAGUAUGAAUACUGUAGCUAUCACUAUAUGAAUGGUAGUCUGGGUGCUGUUUCUGCUCUGGCCAAAGUUUUUUUAUUUUUAUUUAUUUUAUUUCACCUUUAUUUAACCAGUUAAGCCAGUUGAGAACAAGUUCCCAUUUACAACUGCGACCUGGCCAAGAUAAAGCAAAGCAGUGCGAUAAAAACAACAACACAGAGUUACAUAUGGAAUAAACAAAACGUACAGUCAAUAACACAUAAAGUGCCGUUGUCUUGGCAAGGCAACAAUGUAGCUUUGUUGAAUACAGAAACAGUCUGGCACCCACUCUAUAGUAGGUCGGUAUGGUGACCACUGGGCAAAUCAAUCAUUGGGGUUCGCUCUAGGUUGAAGUUGCUUAUAACCACAGAUCUGGGAUGAGGUUACCUAAUCCUGAACUUAACCACUAGGAUGAUCUGAACCUGCACCAGUGGAAGGGACAACUUUGAACAAUUCCUCAUAGUUCAACGGUCUCUCGUUAAACAGCCUGAUGGGACAUCAUGUGAGAUGCAGCCCAGCUUAUGUUUGAGCCAUGAGCAUUACUUUCUAACGGUUUUAACUUGCUCAGUCAGUGUUCUGGGCCUUAAUGUUUACCCCAGAACACUGUAUCCAGGAGUAACACUCACUCUUGGCUCAGGACACUGCUCACUGGUUAAGCUAUAUUUAGGCUACAGCCUAAUAUAUGUACAGUGCCUUCAGAAAGUAUUCAUACCCAUUGAUUUAUUCCACAUUUUGUUGUUACAGCCUGAAUUCAAAAGGGAAUAAAUAUAUUUUCUCACCCAUCUACACACAAUACCCCAUAACGACAAAGUGAAAACAUUUUUGUAUACAUUUUUGCACAUUUAUUGAAAAUGAAAUACCAAAAUAUCUCAUUUACAUAAGUAUUCACACCCCUGAUUCAGUACGUGUUAGAAUCACUUUUGGCAGCGUUUACAGCUGUGUGUCUUUCUAGGCAAGUCUCUAAGAGCUUUGCACACCUGGAUUGUACAAUAUUUGCACAUUACUCUUUUAAAAUUGUUCAAGCUUUGUCAAGUUGAUCAUUGUUCGACAGCUAUUUUCAAGUCUUGCCAUAGAUUUUCAAGCCGGUUUUUAAGUCAAAACUGUAACUAGGCCACUCAGGAACAUUCAAUGUCGUCCUGGUAAGCAACUCCAGUGUAUAUUUGGCUUUGUGUUUUAGGUUAUUGACUUGCUGAAAGGUGAAUUUGUCUCCCAGUGUCUGUUGGAAAGCAGACUGAACCAGGUUUUCCUCUAGGAUUUUGCCUGUGCUUAGCUCUAUUCCGUUUCUUUUCAUUCUAAACUCCCUAGUCCUUGCCGACGACAAGCCUACCCAUAACAUGAUGCAGCCACCACCAUGCUUGAAAAUAUGAAGCGUGGUAUUCAGUUACUUGUUGUGUUGGAUUUGCCCCAAACAUAACGCUUUGUAUUCAGGACAUAAAGUGAAUAUCUUUGCCACAUUUUCUGCAGUUUUACUUUAGUGCCUUGUUGCAAACAGGAUGCAUGUUUUGGAAUAUUUUGAUUCUGUACAGGCUUCUUUUUCACUGCCAUUUAGGUUAGUAUUGUGAAAGUAUUCAGACCCCUUGACUUUUUCCAAAAUUUUUUAGGUUACAGCCAGCCAGAGUCCGGACUAAUUCUAAAAUGGAUUAAAUAUUUUUUCCCCCUCAUCAAUCUACACACAAUACCCCAAGCAAAAACAGGUUUUUAGAAAUGUUACAAGCUUGGCACACCUGUAUUUGGGGAGUUCCUCCCAUUCUUCUCUGCAGAUCCUCACAAGCUUUGUCGGGUUGGAUGGGAGUGUUGCUGCACAGUUAUUUUCAGGUCUCUCCAGAGUUGUUAGAACGGGCUCAAGUCCGGGCUCUGGCUGGGCCACUCAAGGGCAUUCAGAGACUUGUCCCGGAGCCACUCCUGCGUUGUCUUGGGUGUGUGCUUAGGGUCGUUGUCUUGUUGGAAGGUGAACCUUCGCCGCAGUUUGAGGUCCUGAGCGCUCUGGAGCAGGUUUUCAUCAAGGAUCUCUCUGUACUUCUCAUGGUUUGAGAGUCAUUUAGGUGCCUUUUGGCAAACUCCAAGCAGGCUGUCAUGUGCCUUUUACUGAGGAGUGGCGUCUGUCUGGUCACUCUACCGUAAAGGCCUGAUUGGCGGAGUGCUGCAGAGAUGGUUGUCCUUCUGGAAGGUUCUCCCAUCUCCACAGAGGAACUCUGGAGCUCUGUCAGUGAUCAUUGGGUUCUUGGUCACCUCCCUGACCAAGGCCCUUCUCCCCCGAUUGCACAGUUUGGCUGGGCGGCCAGCUCAAGGAAAAGUAUUGGUGGUUCCAAACUUCUUCCAUUUAAGAGUGAUGGAGGCUGUGUUCUUGGGGACCUUCAAUGCUGCAGACAUUUCUUGGUACCCUUCCCCAGAUCUGUGCCUCGACCCGAUCCUGUCUCGGAGCUCUACGAUCAAUUCCUUCGACCUCAUGGCUUGGUUUUUGCUCUGACGUGCACUGUCAACUGUGGGACCUUAUAUAGACAGGUGUGUGCCUUUCCAAAUCAUGUCCAAUCUUUUUAAUUUACCACAGGUGGAUUCCAAGUUGUAGAAACAUCUCAAUGAUGAUCAAUGGAAACAGGAUGCACCUGAGUUCGAUUUCGAGUCUCAUAGCAAAGGGUCUGAAUACUUACAGUGCUAUGAGCAAGGCGCUUGAUCCCUUUCUAAUAUUCUCUACUUUUGCAUAUUUGUGAUACUGAAUGUUAUCAGAUCUUCAACCAAAACCUAAUAUUAGAUAAAGGGAACAUAAAUGAACAAAUAACACAACAAUUACAUAUUUAUUUCAUAAAAAAAGUUAUGCAACACCCAAUUCCCCUGUGUGAAAAAGUAAUUGCCCCCUUACACUCAAUAACUGGUUGUGCCACCUUUAGCUGCAAUGACUCCAACCAAAUGCUUCCUGUAGUUGUUGAUCAGUCUCUCACGUCGCUGUGGAGGAAUUUUGGCCCACUCUUCCAUGCAGAACUGCUUUAACUCAAUGAUGUGGGUUUUCAAGCAUGAACUGCUCGUUUCAAGUCCUGCCACAACAUCUCAAUUAGGAUUAGGUCUGGACUUUGACUAGGCCAUUCCAAAACUUCCAAUUUGUUGCUUUUUAGCAAUUUUCAUGUAGACUUGAUUGUGUGUGUUGGAUCAUUGUCUUGCUGCAUGACCCAGCUGCGCUUCAGCUUCAGCUCACAGACAGAUGGUCUGACAUUCUCCUGUAGAAUUCUCUGAUACAGAGCAGAAUUCAUCGUUCCUUCUAUUAAGGCAAGUCGUCCAGGUCCUGAGGCAGCAAAGCAUCCCAAAACAUCACACCACCACCACCAUGCUUGACCUUUGGUAUGAUGUUCUUACUGUGGAAUGCAGAGUUUGGUUUUCGCCAGGCAUUACUGGAACCAUGUCGUCCAAAAAGUUAUAUUUUUGAAUCAUCUGUCCAUAGAACGUUCUUCCAAGAGUCUUGAUGAUCAUUCAGGUGCUUUUUGGCAAACUUGAGUCAACUUAUUGGAUGAGAUGGGGCCCAUUAUGCCUGGCGAAAACCAAACACUGCAUUCCACAGUAAGUCUGUAAAGUAACAAAAUGUGGAAAAAUUCAAGGGGUCUGAAUACUUUCCGAAUGCACUGUACAAUGUUGUUGAUCCAUCCUCAGUUUUCUCCUAUCACAGCCAUUAAACUCUAACUGUUUUAAAGUCACCAUUGGCCUCAUGGUGAAAUCUCUGAGCGGUUUCCUUCCUCUCCGGUAACUGAGUUAUAAGGACACCUGUAUCUUUGUAGUGACUGGGUGUAUUGAUAGACCAUCCAAAGUGUAAUUCAUAACUUCACCAUGCUGAAAUUGAUAUUUAAUGUCUGCUUAAUUAUUUUUCCCAUCUACCGAUAGGUGACCUUUGCGAGGCAUUGGAAAACCUCCCUGGUCAUUGUGGUUGAAUCUGUGUUGAAAUGCACUGCUCGGCUGAGGGACCUUACAGAUAAUUGUAUGUGUGGGGUACAGAGAUGAGGUAGUCAUAAAAAAGAAAAUAAUAAUGUUGAACACUAUUAUUGUACACAGUGAGUCCAUGCAACUUAUUAUGUCAUUUGUUUAGCAAAUUUUUACUACUGAACUUAUUUAGGCUUGCCAUAACCAAGGGGUUGAAUACUUAUUCAAGACAUUUCAGCUUUUCAUUUUAAGAUAAUUUGUUUUUUUUAAAUCUACGUUCAGGCUGUAAAGUCAAGGGGUGUGAAAAAGUCAAGGGGUGUGAACUUUCUGAAGGCCUGUAUCUGCUAAUCAUGGUCUUCAAUCUGAAUCAGUUCGAUAAAUCAGGUGUGUUAGUGCUAGGCUAGAAGAAAAGACUGACCCACACCUGCCCUAUGCUGAUCUAGGCGUAGGGGUCUGAGGAGUGACUGGUGCAGCUCUGAGAGAGACAGGUGCUCUGGCUGGGUCACUGUUUGGUUGUUAGAGAGAGGAGAGGGGGUCUCCCUCUGGUUCUCAGCUCUUCAGCCUCCCCAGACAGGGGCAAGAUCAGACCAAGGCUGGGAUGAUGUGACUGGCCCACGUGACGUAAGGGGCUAUUUAGUAUGGCAAUAUGAACCGCAGCGCACAGUCACAAGAUCUGAGACCAGCUCACAGUCAUGAGUGGACUAAGAACACAUUACCAUUACACAAACACACAUUGAUUAACCUGAACCAUUACGAUAUCGAGUGGUGUGUGUAACUUAUGCUUUUAGCCUAUAGCUUACAUAUUAGAUCCCUCAAUUCCUAUGUUCUGACCUGGGCCUAUAUUACUUUCUAGUAUAUUUUCAUGUUGCUUCCAAAAGCAAUUUGUGCCAUUAAGUAGUCCAGAGAGGGAGAUGUUAUGUUGUUAAAAUGUGUUAUCAAUGAAUUAUUGUCUCUGUUUCAUAUUGCUCCCUGUGUGUUUGUGUUCCAGACUAUGAGAAGACAUCGAAAUGACGUGACAGUCGAGCUGAGGAAGGUGAGAGAAGAAGCCUAAUUUACAUUUUGGUGAUGCACAACUUUGUAGGCGUACUUCCACAGCUCCCUGUAUUAAUAUAUUAAUAUUCACCUCCCUGCUUACCACACACACAGAUCUGUAGACAGGCUGUUCCUUUCUCACCCUGUGUCUUGCCCCAGACACAGACUUGGUAUUCGUCUCAAUCCAUCCAGAAUGAUUAUUCUCUCUAUGGGGCCACUAACCCCAAUUUGACCCCCUCUGUUUCCAACCCUGACCAUGACCCAAACAUGAUAUUUCACCUCUCUGGAUUGGCCUCUGAUCCUUGUAAACUGCCUUCUCAAACUCCAUAGGUGUGUCUUUGUUUGGCCCACUGCGGUGAUGUGCUGCAGGUAGAAAUUGCCUUUGUCAUUCAGCUACUCCCUCUAGGCUUGGGCGGUAUCCAGAUUGUCAUACCGACCUUGUGCCAUACCGGUAAUAACUGAACACAAAGGGCGCUAUUUUCAAAACCCACUGAGCCUUUUAAAUUUGAAUGUUAGCAAUGCUAACAAGUACAUGGACAAUCCUAUAGAGAAUGCUAACUAAAUGCUAACGAGCGCUUUGCAAACAUUUUAUACAGUCUCUGACCUAAACUAUUUUCAGGACAGACAUCCCAGCUCAUAAAGUUAUACAAGUAACAAAAAAAUGCUACUCACAGUUUGCUGCACACACAAAACAAAUAUUAGACAGCAAGGCUCUUGAUCCAUUUUUUUUACAUUUGAUUCAUUUAGCAGACGCUCUUAUCCAGAGCGACUUACAGUUAGUGAGUGCAUACAUUUUUCAUCCAGGACGGGAUUCUCUGCUGUUACCCGAAGCGAAGCUUGGUUUUGGAAGAAGCUAACCACUUAGCUAGAUAGCUAACUAGCUACUAAAUUAGCAAACCAAUGCAAAUAGUCUGGGUAGCCGUUUGAUUAGAUGUUCAGGAGUCUUAUGGCUUGGGGGUAGAAGCUGUUUAGAAGCCUCUUGGACCUAGACUUGGCGCUCCGGUACCGCUUGCCAUGCGGUAGAAGAGAGAACAGUCUAUGACUAGGGUGGCUGGAGUCUUUGACAAUUGUUAGGGCCUUCCUCUGACACCGCCUGGUAUAGAGGUCCUGGAUGGCAGGAAGCUUGGCCCCAGUGAUGUACUGGGCCGUACGUGCUACCCUCUGUAGUGCCUUGCGGUCGGAGGCCGAGCAGUUGGCAUACCAGGCAGUGAUGCAACCAGUCAGGAUGCUCUCGAUGGUGCAGCUGUAGAACCUUUUGAGGAUCUGAGGACCCAUGCCAAAUCUUUUCAGUCUCCUUAGGGGGAAUAGGUUUUUGUUGUGGCCUCUUCACGACUGUCUUGGUGUGCUUGGACCAUGUUAGUUUGUUGGUGAUGUGGACACCAAGGAACUUGAAGCUCUCAACCUGCUCCACUACAGCCCUGUCGAUGAGAAUGGGGGCGUGCUCGGUCCUCUUCUUUUUCCUGUAGUCCACAAUCAUCUCCUUUGUCUUGAUCACGUUGAGGGAGAGGUUGUUGUCCUGGCACCACACGGACAGGUCUCUGACCUCCUCCCUAUAGGCUGUCUCGUCGUUGUCGGUGAUCAGGCCUACCACUGUUGUCAUCGGAAAACUUAAUGAUGUUGUUGGAGUCAUGCCUGGCCAUGCAGUCAUGAGUGAACAGGGAGUACAGGAUGGGACUGAGCACGCACCCCUGAGGGGCCCCCGUGUUGAGGAUCAGUGUGGCGGAUGUGUUGUUACCUACCCUUACCACCUGGGUGCGCCCCGUCAGGAAGUCCAGGAUCCAGUUGCAGAGGGAGGUGUUUAGUCCCAGGGUCCUUAGCUUAGUGAUGAGCGUUGAGGGCACUAUGGUGUUGAACGCUGAGCUGUAGUCCUUGAAUAGCAUUCUCACAUAGGAGUUCCUUUUGUCCAGGUGGGAAAGGGCAGUGUGGAGUACAAUAGGGAUUGCAUCAUCUGUGGAUCUGUUGGGGCGAUAUGCAAAUUGGAGUGGGUCUAGGGUUUCUGGGAUAAAGGUGUUGAUGUGAGCCAUGACCAGCCUUUCAAAGCACUUCAUAGCUACAGACGUGAGUGCUACGGGUCGGUAGUCAUUUAGGCAGGGCAAAUGCACAACUGUAGAGCAUUUAGCACCUUUUAGACAGUUAACUUAAUAGUUAUAAGCAGUGGUGGAAAAAGUACCCAAUUGUCCUACUUGAGUAAAAGUAAAGAUACCUUAAACAAAAAUGACUCAAGUCCCGUGUAGCUCAGUUGGUAGAGCAUGGCGCUUGCAAUGCCAGGGUUGUGGGUUCGAUUCCCACGGGGGACCAGUAUGAAAAUGUAUGCACUCACUAAUUGUAAGUCGCUCUGGAUAAGAGCGUCUGCUAAAUGACUAAAAUGUAAAAGUGAAAGUCACCCAGUACAAUACUACUUGAGAAAAGUCUAAAUGUAUUUGGUUUUAAAUAUACUUAAGUGUAAAAAGAAAAAAUGUAAUUGCUAAAAUAUACUUACGUAUCAAAAGUAAAAGUAUAAAUCAUUUCAAAUUCCUUAUAUUAAGCGAACCAGACAGCAUGAUUUUCUUGUUUUUAAAUUUACGGCUAGCCAGGGGCACACUUCAACACCCAGACAUCAUUUACAAAUUAAGCGUUUGUGUUUAGUGAGUCUGCCAGAUCAGAGGCAGUAGGGAUGACCAGGGAUGUUCUCUUGAUAAGUGCGUAAAUUAGAUACUUUUCCUGUAUUGCUAAUCUUUCAAAAUUUAACGAGUACUUUUCUCAGCGGCAGCCGCUUUUUUGUCAGUGGCAGCUGUAAGUGGUGGUCGUGUCAGUGGCGGUUUUGUCGCAAAACUAAGACCGUCGCCGAAACAAAGACGGUUCUGCUGAGUUGUUGUGCAGAGUUAUUCGAGGAAGUAAAGAGAGGAGGGCUUCACCUAGUUAUUUACAGAUUAUCUCAUUUUGAUAUUUUGUGUGUGUUUUCUAUACCUGUUCACACCUCUCCCUGUAGGCAUUACAGAUGCUCCCCACCCCUUGGCUGCAACCCUUCUAAUUUAGUGUACCCUGUGCGCACAAUCCAUGUGGGAUUCCGGGUCUCUGGCAGCGUAUGGAACUGCCGAUCUGCGGUCAAGAACGCUGAGUUCAUCUCAGCCCAUGCUGCCCUUCAGUCCCUUGACUUUUUGUCCCUGACAGAGACAUGGAUCACCACAGAGAACACUGCUACUCCAGCUGCUCUUUCUUCGUCUGACUAUAUUUUCUCUCAUAGUUCGAGAGCAUCUGGUCGUCGCAGUGGUGGCACAGGUCUACUCAUUUCUCCUAAGUGGAGAUUUUCUCUUUUCUCCCUCUCUCACCUGUCCAUCUCCUCAUUUGAAUUCCAUGCUGUCACUGUCACUUGUCCACUCAAGCUUAACAUUGUUGUCAUCUAUCGCCCACCAGGUGCCCUUGGAGAGUUCGUCAAUGAGCUUGACACCUUGAUAAACUCAUUUCCUGACGAUGGCUCACCGCUCUUCGUACUUAAUAAUAAUAAUAAUAAUAAUAAUAAUAUGCCAUUUAGCAGACGCUUUUAUCCAAAGCGACUUACAGUCAUGCGUGCAUAAUUAUUUAUUUUUUUGUGUAUGGGUGGUCCCGGGGAUCGAACCCACUACCUUGGCGUUACAAGCGCCGUGCUCUACCAGCUUGGCGACUUCAACCUCCCAACGUCUGCCAUCGAUUCAUUUCUUUCCAACUCUCUCUUUCCCCUCCUUGCCUCUUUUGACCUCACCCUUUCACAAGGCAGACAAUACUCUUGACCUAAUCUUUACUAGAGGCUGCUCGCCUGCUAAUCUCACUGCAACCCCCCUCCAGGUCUCUGAUCGCUACUUUGUGUCCUUUUCUGUCUCCCUUUCCUCCAACCCUAACCACUCAGCCCCUACCCAGAUGGUAAUGUGCUGUCGCAAACUUCGCUCUCUCUCUCUCCCACUACUCUCUUCCUCUUCUAUCCUAUCAUCUCCCCAUUCUGCUAAAUCCUUCUCCCUUCUGUCUCCUGAUUCUGCCUCUUUGACCCUACUCUCCUUCCUUUCCACUUCCAAUGACUCGUACUGUCCCCUUUCCUCCCAGCCGGCUCGGCUCUCCCCUCCUGCUCCGUGGCUGAGUGACUCAUUGCGAGUGUACAGAACAGGGCUGCGGGCAGCUGAAAAUUGAGGAAAACUCAACUUCUGGAAGAUCUAUCAUCCUUUCACUCCCUCCUCUCUACCUUCUCUUUCUCUGUAUCCGCUGCAAAAGCCACUUUCAACCAAUCUAAAUGUCAAGCUUCUGCCUCUAACCAUAGGAAACUCUUUUCCACCUUCUCCUCCCGCCUUAAUCCUCCACCCCCUCCCUCCUCCCUCUCUGCGGACGACUUUGUCAACCACUUUUAAAAAAAGGUUGAUGACAUCCUCUACUCAUUCACUCAGCCUAUUGAGUCCACUGGUCUCACUCACACAGAACUACCCUACGCCUUGACCUCUUUCUCCCCUCUCUCUCCAGAUGACAUCCUGCGACUAGUGAGGUCUGGCCACCCGACAACCUGCCUGCUCGACCCCAUCCCCUCCUCCCUUCUCCAGAGCAUCUCUGGAGACCUCCCUUUCCUCACUUCCCUCAUCAACUAAUCCCUGACCACUGGCUGCAUCCGCUCUGACUUCAAAAUGGCCCAAGUUGCUCCCUUCCUCAAGAAACCAACACUCGACUCAUCUGACGGGGGGGGUUAGAAGGAUUACUGUUAUACUAUUCCAGGUAUUCCUUAACCAUCAGAUCCUCCUCUCAGGGCUGGGUGUCUCAGGCUAUGCACACUCUUGGAUUGCAUUCUACCUGGCAGGCCGCUCCUACCAGGUGAUGUGGAGAGGAUCUGUGUCUGCACCAUGUACUCUCACUACUGGUGUCCCACAGGGCUCGGUUCUAGGCCCUCUCCUCUUCACUCUAUACACCAAGUCACUCGGCUCUGUCAUAUCCUCACAUGGUCUCUCCUAUCAUUGCUAUGCGGAUGACACUCAACUACUUUUCUCCCCCCCCCCCCCCCCCCCCCCCUUCUGACACCCAGGUGGUGACACGCAUCUCUGCGUGCCUGGCAGAUAUCUCAACUUGGAUGUUGGCCCACCACCUCAAGCUCAACCUCGACAAGACGGAACUGUCCUCCUGGAGAAGGUCUGCCUGCUCAAAGACCUCUCCAUCACGGUCAACAACUCCACAGUGUCACCCUCCCAGAGUGCAAAGAACCUUGGCGUGACCCUGGACAUCACCCUAUCGUUCUCUGCAAACAUCAAAGCAGUGACUCGUUCCUGCAGGUUCAUGCUCUACAACAUCCAUAGAGUACGACCCUACCUCACACAGGAAGCAGCGCGGGUCCUAAUCCAGGCACUUGUCCUCUCCCGUCUGGAUUACUGCAACUCGCUGUUGGCUGGGCUCCCCGCUUGUGCCAUCAAACCCCUGUAACUUAUCCAGAAUGCAGCAGCCCGCCUGGUUUUCAACCUUCCCAAGUUCUCUCAUGUCACUCCGCUCCUCCGCACACUCCAUUGGCUUCCAGUUGAAGCUCGCAUCCACUACAAGACCAUGGUGCUUACCUACGGAACAGCAAGAGGAACUGCACCUCCCUACCUUCAGGCUAUGCUCAAACCCUACACAUCAACCCAAGCGUUCUAUCACCUCAGGUCUCUUGGCCCUCUCAGCCCAGUCCAAGCUCCUCUCUGUCCUGGCACCCCAAUGGUGGAACCAGCUUCCCCCUGAAGCUAGGACAGCAGAGUCCCUGCCCAUCUUCUGAAAACAUCUGAAACCCGACCUCUUCAAACAGUAUCUUAAAUAAUCCCCCCCCCCCAACACUUAACCAGCACUUGCACUUGACCCCCCCCCCCGAAAUGAAAGAACGCAAUCUUCUUUAUCUCCUAACAUAUUGCACAAGUUGAUUGCAGAUAUUCACUUAAAAAGUAGCUACAAUUAUUCAAAUGUAUAAAAAAAAAACUUCAAAGAAAUAGUUUCAAUGGUAUUGAAAAAACAUCCCGUGGCUAUUUCCAAAUAUACGGUAUACCGCCCAAGCCUAACUCCCUCCACAUGCUCACUACCCUUCGCCUUGAUCUGCAUACUUAUGUGCUGUCCCUGUAUACUAACUGUACUAUCCAGACUUGGUGAUUAUCAUUAACAGACUACAUCAUCAGGAUGCUGAAACCUAGAUUAGAUGCCAGUCCAUGGGGAUUAGCAAAGAUUUAAAAGAAUAUCCAAAUGUAAUCUAUCCUGAGGUGCUUGCUGUGCUUGCCUGUUUGAUGUGGAUGCCUAAAUCAGAACACUGUAAUGGCUACAAUACACCCAAUUAGUAUGGUAGUCAUGCAUUUACUUACGCCUUUGUAAUAGGGCUGCACAAUUAAUCAAAUUUGAAUUGAAAUAUUGACAUGUGCAAUAUCCAUAUUGUAAGAGGCUGCACAUUUUUUUACAUGCCAUGAAUGUAGUAGCAUUCAAACCUAAUAAGGGUCCCCUGGGAAACUCUGACCAACACUUUGGCUCCUACCCUGUCACAACAACUUCUACUGUACCUGUCUUUGUCAUUAGUUGUCAUGCCAAACAACACCAACCAUAGAAUCUGAAUAAUUUGAGUUAGAUGAUUUGCCCAUAUCGUGCAGUACUACAUUGUAAAGAGCCAGAGACUGGAGGGUUUCUCUUCUCCUCUCCUGUGAUUGGCAGGUAUCCCUGUCACUCAUACAUCCAACAGUCUGCUGCUCUCAUGUUGACUUGGUGAUCUCUCUGACAUGAGUCCCCUGGUCAUGGCUUUCAAUCUUACUUUCCCCUCUCUCAACUCUCUCUUCCUCCGUUAAACCCCCCUCAGGGCUUUGACACAUUCCUCACUCUCCUUCCUCUUCACAGGUUUUUUUAUUUAUCUGAGGUUAAAACAAUCCCCUGUAGUCGUUGCUAAGUUAGCAUUAAGGAAGAGAGUGAGACAUGGCUAGAAAAUAGUUUAGAGCCUAAUUCAGUGAGCGAGAGAGAGAAAAAAAAGAAAGAGCUGAGUUAGUGUGCUGCUGUAGUCUGGCUGCACAUUUCAUUGUGCCAGAGCAGCACAGGGAUGGUUAGUCACCAGCAGUGACGCACGGCCCAGCACUGCAACACACACUGGAAUGUAGGCCAAGGGAUUCUCCUCCCUCCCUCCUACCACUGACUCACAUGUCUGUCUUUUUCACGCUCUAUUCAACACCAGUAUGGGUGUGCCUGCUCCUCAACUUUCUGGGAGUGUAUGCCUUCGUUUUUUUGUGUGUUUUUAAUGGGGGUGUUUUAAUUAGGGUGUCUCUAUGUAAAGUUGAGUAACUAUAGGGAACAUCCUCAUAACAACACAGGGUUUGUACUUUGUCCCCUGUACGGAGAGACCCAGAGAUGACCCCAACACACACACUGACACACAUAUUCUAGGGAUGCGAGGGUCAGCUGUUUUUCGACCAAUAUCUGGCUUGCAGUUACAAAAAGUUUGCUGUAGGAGUUUAUGCUGCUACUCUCACAGUUACAUAUUUCAGUAUUCAUCAAUGUGGUGUUUUAUUCUUUAAUCUCUCCUCGCUCUCCCCUGUCUUCCGUCAGAACAAACGAGACGAGCAUCUACUGAAGAAGAGGAAUGUCCCACAGGAGGAGAGUCUGGAGGACUCCGACUUCGACUCCGACUUCAAAGGGGUAUGUGGGAUGUCUGUGUGUUCCACUUUAGCGACCCAUUUGCCAUUGCAGUGGAAUGGCGAUCUCUAUGAGACGAGAGACUUGUUCCAGAUUGAAAUGUACUGCCUAGAUUCUCUGUCUGUUUGGACGGGGCAGGUGUGGCCAUUCCUACUUCUGAAGAGCUACUGACAUUGGGCAUUGUGUCAGCUCUAUACAAUACAUUUCUAUGUAUGAUGUUGUAAUCUAGACAUGCGUCCUUAAGCCCCCCCCCCCCCCCCCCCCAUGGCCUCUCUAGGGUUUGUAUAAUGUAUCGUGCUCAAAGCCUUUUCACACUGCUGACUGGAGGCCUGUCAUUGAGCUAAUGAGAUGAGGAAUAGGCCCUGGUCUGACCUGACCUAGCUGCUACCAGGUGAUGUAUGGUGAUGAUGGAGUAGCAUGGCAUUCUCAGCCUGUGAGCUCACACAGCCUCAACCAGCCAGCCAACACACCAACUCGGCAGCAGAGGAAACACAGCACUCUGAAAACACUUGCGUGUGGAGAGAGACAGAGACCGACAGAGAGGGUCAGACUGUGUGUGUGUUAUGUCAAUGACAUGUUGACCGAUCAGUGUGAAGUAGCCAGAUGUUUAUGUGAAUUGUAUCCCCUUCCCCCAUGUUGUUGAUGUUGUUUAUCUGUAACCUGGUAUUGAUUUUGUCCCUCCCCUUCCCACUCUGCAGCAAAACGUCACACUAGAGGCCAUCUUACAGGUAAGGCUCAACUUUGUGUACACACAAAGAAUAUUGACUAAAACUCUUAUCCCCUUCAUUCUCUCUUUUGCUCUCCCUCUCCCCUUCUCUCCCUGUCUCCUUCCCUCCCUCCCUCCCUCCCUCUGUGAGAGUGUUGUGCUGUAACUUGUUAUCUCUCUCUCUCUCUCGCUGAAGAACGCCACCAGUGAUAAUGCGGUGGUCCAGCUUAGUGCCGUACAGGCUGCCAGGUAAGUGUUUGGUGUGUGUGAUCUCCUCUCUGCUUUGAACCUCUCACAUUUGUAUUCCAUGAUUGAAACAUAACUCUUCCUGUUUUUGUGUCUGUCAGAAAACUCCUCUCCAGUGACAGAAACCCUCCCAUUGAUGACUUGAUAAAGUCUGGCAUCCUGCCCAUCUUAGUCAAAUGUCUGGAGAGAGACGACAAGUGAGUCUGCUGAUGCAUUAACCCAAUGUCCUCCCCUGGACCGCCUCUACUAAUGCACUGUUGGGACAUUUACUGGGAUUACUGAAGACGGGCUAGGAUACAGGAUGUAGAGGGGCUGCUAGUGUGUGUGUGUGCAUGCUUCUUUGUGUGUGUGUGAUGCACAGGGUGGUCCGUUGGCCCUGCCGUCCGGUGCCAACCCAAAUAAAAGAGCAUUCCUGUCCUCUGGAUUUCCCCCAUUCCCAGGACCUUGUUGUGUUCAGGGCCACACAUAUACACACACACACACACACACACACACAGGACCUUGUGGUCAGGAAGGGGACAGACGCACACACCCUGGAGUCAGUACAGGAUGGGGCAGGGGUUGGAGGGUCACCAUAACGAUGAGUUGCGGAUGCACAGCUGUAAUGGCGACCACUGCUGCAGGCUGUCAGACACUGAAAUUCCUGGAGCACAGCGGGCACUGCAACCCAACAAACCAAUAGUUUACACACACAUUGUGUGUGGACCGAGAAGAGGAGGACGAAGUGGGGGCAGGGUUAGGAGAAAGACGUGUUCAUAUUAAUGGAAGGCCUAGAAUGAUCUCUCUCUUUCGUUCUCACUCUCCCCCGCUCCUUUCUCUCCUCCAGUCCGUCUCUCCAGUUCGAGGCAGCCUGGGCCCUGACCAACAUAGCGUCUGGCACGUCACAACAGACCCAGGCUGUGGUCAAAUCCAGUAAGUUCACCAGUUUACCCUGCGUCAUUCUGCUCUGCUGUUAUUCUGACUGUCUGGGCUUCGCUAAUGUUUGUUAUCUUUGUGUGUGUGUUAAAUUGUGAUAUGUAAAUUCCUAAUUCUGUGUGUGUGUGUGCGCAUGUACAGAUGCUGUUCCCCUGUUCCUGCGGCUGCUCCACUCUCCCCAUCACAAUGUGUGUGAACAGGCCGUGUGGGCGCUAGGCAACAUCAUAGGUGAGUAUGGCUGAUACAGUUAACACAUCAUUAAAGUUAUGUUUGUGUAUUUUUUUUGUAAUAACUAACCAUGUGACCGGACCAGGAAAAACUCUGUGCCCCAAUGAUGACCUUUGACCUGUAAUGCUCCUCCUCCAGGCGACGGGCCACAGUGCAGGGAUUACGUCAUCUCCCUGGGCGUGGUCAAGCCCCUGCUCUCGUUUAUUAACCCCUCCAUCCCCAUCACCUUCCUCCGUAACGUCACCUGGGUCAUCGUCAACCUCUGCCGCAACAAGGACCCACCGCCCCCCAUGGAAACAGUACAGGAGGUACGUGUGUGUGUUUUGUUCCAAUGUAUGAGUAGCGUUAUAGUGGUGCUCUCUCCAGCCAGUCAGCCAAAUCACUUUCUUAUCACUAGGGGGAAUGUUUAGCUACAUAACUUUACAUGGCCACAUUUCCAGUCUGCUUUUGACACUCCUCUCUCUACCUCUUUUUUGUUUUUUUCUCUUUCCCAGCUUCUCCCAGCGCUGUGUGUUCUUAUAUACCACACAGAUAUAAAUGUAAGUAUGAGAGCAUACAGUGCUUUCAGAAAGUAUUCAUGCCCUUUGAUUUAUUCCACAUUUUGUUGUUACAGCCUGAAUUCAAAAUGGAUUAAAUAGUUUUAAAAUCUCACCCAUCUACACACACUACCCCAUAAUGUUUUUAGACAUCUUUGCAAAUGUAUUGAAAAUGAAAUGCAGAAAUUUCUCAUUGACAUAAGUAUUCACACCCCUGAGUCAAUACUUUGUAGAAGCACCUUUGGCAGCGAUUUCAGGUGUGUUUCUUUCUGGGUAAAUCUCUAAGAGCUUUCCACACCUGGAUUGUGAACAUUUGCCCAUCAUUAUUUUCAAAGUUCUUCAAGCUCUGUCAAAUUGGCUGUUGAUCAUUGCUAUACAACCAUUUUCAGGUCUUGACAUAGAUUUUCAACUAGAUUUAGGUCAAAACUGUAACUCGGCCACUCACUACAAUGUUGUUGAUCCAUCAUCAGUUUUCCAUCCUCCGUUUUCUCCUAUCACAGCCAUUAAACUCUUUUAACUGUAAAAAAGUCACCAUAGACCUCAUGGUGAAAUCCCUGAGCGGUUCCUUCCUCUCCGACAACUGAGUUAGAAGGACACCUGUAUCUUUGUAGUGAUACACCAUCCAAAGUGUAAUUAAUAACUUCACCAUGCUCAAAGGGAUAUUCAAUGUCUGCUUUUUAUUUUACCCAUCUACCAAUAAGUGUACUUCUUUGCGAGGCAUUGGAAAACCUCUCUGGUCUUUGUGGUUGAAUCUGUGUUUGAAAUUCACUGCUCUACUGAGGAACCUUAAAGAUAAUUGUAUGUGUUGGGUACAGAGAUGAGGUAGUAAUUCAAAAAUCAUGUUAAACACUAUUCUUGCACACGGAGUGAGUUCAUGCAACUUAUUAUGUGACUUGUUAAGCAAAUGUUUACUACUGAACUUAUUUAGGAUUUCCAUAACAAAGGGGUUGAAUACUUAUUGACUGAAAACAUUUCAGCUUUUAAUUUGUAAUUAAUUUGUAAACAUUUUGAAAAACGUAAUUCCGUUUGGACAUUAUGGGGUAUUAUUGUGUGUAGGCCAGUGUCAAAUAAUGUCAAUUUAAUCCAUUUUAAAUUCAGGCUGUAACCCAACAAUUUUUUGAAAAAGUCAAGGGGUGUGAAUACUUUCUGAAGGCACUGUACGUUCAACUAAAUUGAACGGUUUGUCACAAGUUUGACUUCAGCAUGUUAAGCCCUACCAUACUCAGCAGCUUUUAGUGAAACUCAACACUUAUUGGACUCCUUCGUUAACAUUGUGUGUUUGUAGAUCCUUGUGGAUACGGUGUGGGCUCUGUCCUACCUGACAGACGGUGGGAAUGAGCAGAUUCAGAUGGUGAUAGACUCUGGGGUGGUCCCCUUCCUUGUCCCCCUGCUCAGCCACCAGGAGGUCAAAGUUCAGGUAAGGGGUCAACAGGGGACCAUGGCAACUGAUAACAUUCUGAUUUAGAAGACCUAAACUAACUUUGGUAUGGUGUACUUAUAAAAUCUAUAAUUUACUACCUCCUUCCUAUCUGGGGAAAAAAAACAAAAAAAAAACACUGAUUGGUAAAAGCAACAUUAUAGAAAUCUUGACUCUACCUAUCACUAGGGGUAGGAGUUUUUGCAGAAACAUUGCUGCCAUAUGUUCAGGAAAAACUCAUGGCUCUACUUACAACAUGCUCAGUGAUUUAUUUCAAGGAAGGGAGGAAAUGAUGCAUUUUAUAAGUAAUAAAUUCAGGGUGUUCUAUGCAUUUGUGGGUGUUGACUUGCUGUGAUGUCACUUCCUACAGACUGCUGCUCUGAGGGCGGUGGGGAACAUUGUGACGGGGACAGACGAGCAGACACAGGUGGUGCUCAACUGUGACGUCCUCUCCCACUUUCCCAACCUGCUCACACACCCCAAAGAGAAGAUCAACAAGGUAGCACACACACACUCUCCCGGAGAGGGAACGGGGAAGAGGGAAGAAGCUUAUGUCAAGGCUUUUCUAUGAUUGUCUUGCUAAUAAGAAGUUGUUUGGUUUGACUGUGUGUGAUUAGACUGUUAUUAGAAAGUGUUCUGGCAUAACCGUAAGUGAUUGGUUCGUUUACAGGAAGCAGUGUGGUUCCUGUCCAAUAUCACGGCUGGGAACCAGCAGCAGGUUCAGGCAGUGAUCGACGCAGGACUCGUCCCCUUGAUCAUCCACCAACUGGCCAAGGUGAGAGAGACAUGCUGUGGUGUGUGGUUGGUGUGUACGUUUGACUGUGGUAGAGAUUAUAUUCCUGUCAUUGCUGUGUACUGAGUUGUUCUGUAGUGCUGACAGCCUGUGUGUCUGCAGGGGGACUUUGGGACUCAGAAGGAGGCAGCAUGGGCCAUCAGCAACCUCACCAUCAGCGGCAGGAAAGACCAGGAAAGUAACACACACACACACACACACUGCAACCUCAAUAUCAGCCAGACUACUGACAUGGACAGAGGUACAAGAGACAGGUACGGGGCUAGCACUGUCAUGCCAGGGCCUCUGUAGCUGGAGCAUUCAUAACCGUGAGUUCAUGAAGUAGUUUAAUGCCAGUGACUGAACCUGCUUACACAUUCACACGUGUCAGGAGUUAUUUGUCAGAAAUGCUUACUGCUGUCUACAGUUAUGUAUAUGAUAUGUUGAUGUGUGUGUGUAGGUGGAGUACCUGGUGCAGCAGAAUGUGAUCCCUCCGUUCUGCAGCCUGCUGUCAGUGAAGGACUCCCAGGUGGUCCAGGUGGUCCUAGACGGCCUCAAGAACGUCCUCAUCAUGGCCGGAGAUGAGGCCAGCACCAUCGCUGAGAUCAUAGAGGAGUGUGGAGGUGUGUGUGCAUAUUGUCAUCAUAGCUGAAGGUGUGUCUGAGGUGAAUGUUGCUGUUGUCUGACUGCGCCUCCCACUGCUCUGCUCUCUGAUCUUAGGUCUUGAGAAGGUUGAGAAUCUGCAGCAACAUGAGAAUGAGGACAUCUACAAACUAGCCUUCGAGAUCAUCGACCAGUACUUCUCAGGCGACGAUGUGAGAUAUAAAACACACGUGCACACACACACACCCCCACACACACACACAUAUAUAUACACACCCCCACACACACAUACACACACCCACACCUCUUACCCUUCUUCUUUCUCUCUCAGAUUGAUGAGGAUCCCAGUUUAAUUCCUGAAGCCACCCAAGGAGGGACAUUCAACUUUGACCCCGCCUCCAACCUGCAGACGAAGGAGUUCAAGUUCUAGGAGCCGGUCCAUCGAGCUGCACGGGUACUGUCAAACCCACCUCAGACAUUCAUCCAUCUAUCUCUCCACCAACCUGGCAACCUGCUACAGAAGGAUUGUACCCAUCUACCAUUACUAUUACUUCAACAUGGCCACCCAUCUUGCAAUUGAAGGAUUCGCCCACCACCACCGCCACAAUAAUUCACCUCUGUACUGAAGGGUCCCUGAAAACUACCACCCUCCACCACAACCUGGCAACCCAUACGGGUCCAGGUCAUUCGUCCAGCACCAGUACAAUCUGA